UGUGACGUCAUCAGAGCGCGUCGCAGUGACGACUGCAGCUCGAGGAGUCCUCGUGUGUUGUUUUAUCUUCGUAAACCUGUACGAAUCAAGCAUGAGCUCUCAAAUAACGUGUGUCGGAUGGGUGAAGCGCGGAGUCGCCAAAGAAACGCCGGAUAAAGUUGAGUUGAGCAAAGAAGAGCUGCAACGCAUCAUAUCAGAGGCUAAAGAGGGGCUAGGGGAUCCUGGUGAUGGUGAGGAUGAUGAGGAGGUAGAUGAAGGUGUCAGUGAAGGAGCAUCAGCUGUUCCUUCUGAUAGUAAAGAAAUUAAAGAGGAGAAGGAUGAUAAGGAAGAGGAUGAUGAGCUUGCAGAGUACGGACUGGACAAAUAUGAUGAAGAAGACCUCGCUACAUCAAACCUUGGGGAAAGUCUGGCAGGACUGACGGUGUUUGGCACCAAUGAAGAGGAUCCAUACAUCACCAUCAAAGACACAGAUCAGUACGAGCGGGAGGACUUCCAGAUUAAACCCACUGAUAACCUGAUUCUGGCUGGACGGGCCGAGAAAGACUGCUGUAGCCUGGAGGUCUAUGUUUUUAACUCCCAGGAAGACUCUCUGUAUGUGCAUCAUGACAUCCUGCUGCCCGCGUAUCCGCUCUGUGUGGAGUGGCUGAACUUUGACCCCAGUCCAGAAGAAGGACAAGGGAAUUACGUGGCUGUAGGGAACAUGACGCCUGUGAUUGACGUCUGGGAUCUGGAUGUAGUUGACUGUUUGGAGCCGGCCUUCUCACUCGGCAGCAAGAAGAAGAAGAAGAAGAAGAAGAAGAAGGCGGCUGAACCCGUGGACGGACACACGGAUGCCGUGCUGGAUCUGUCCUGGAACAGACUGGUCAGGAAUGUUCUAGCGAGCGCGUCUGCGGAUGAGUCUGUGAUCCUGUGGGAUAUGGAGAAGGGAAAACCAGCGGCGACUCUCACAAAACACACAGAUAAGGUUCAGACGCUGAACUUCCACCCGUUUGAGGCUCAAACUCUCAUCAGCGGGUCAUAUGACAAGUCUGUGAUCCUGUACGACUGCCGCAGUCCAGACGACAGCCAUCGGAUCUGGCGCUUCAGCGGACAGGUGGAGCGAGUCGUGUGGGAUCACUUCUCUCCGUGUCACUUCCUGGCGAGCACAGAGGACGGCUUCAUUUAUUGUCUGGACGCUCGUUCAGACAAACCCGUGUUCACGCUCCGAGCUCACGAUGGAGAAGUUUCAGGGAUGGAUCUGAGCAGUCAGAUCCGAGGCUGUCUGGUCACGUCUUCAGCAGACAAACAUGUGAAGAUCUGGGACAUCCUGGGAGACAAACCCACCCUGAUCCACUCCAGAGACAUGAAGAUGGGAGUUCUGUUCUGCGGCUCAUGUUGUCCAGAUCUGCCCUUCGUCUAUGCGUUUGGAGGACAGAAGGACGGGCUGCGCGUCUGGGACAUCAGUGAUGUGGCUGCAGUCGCGGAGGCUUUCGGCAGCCGGGAACGUUUGGUGGUGAAUACAGUAUCCGGAGCGUCCGGCAGUGUCAUGGACAUCUCAUAACCACCAGCACAAUAGACUGAAUCAUCGACGGACAGAAGACUGAGAAUCCUGGAUCAGUGCUUCAUAAUGAAUAAUAUAAACAGCAUCUGUUAAUAUACAGAACAGAGUUAUCUUCUGAUGUAUAUGUGCUGAUGUCAGAACUCUGCUGUCUUUGACAUGUCUCCAUAUUUUCUCAGUUUUCUCCUUAUUUUUUCUUUUUUAGGAAGUGUAUAAAUAAUUAUCGUAAUUAUGAUAAAUAAUUUACUAUAUAAACCCAAGGCAUUUGGCUUUCUCUGUAUUCCAGAAUUAUUUCUGUCAACAUUUAACGAUUCCUAACUAAUCAGUUGUGAAAAACAAACGCUUUAAUGAUUUCAUAAAUGAUUGAUGAAUAAAACGAUAUCUCUGGCAGUGUUUCGCUGCCCUCCAGUGGCGCAUGGCGGUAUUGCUGGUGUUGAUAAGUUGUUUUUGUUUUUUGUUUGCCCCUUUAAAAUAUUUUAUUUCACGAUUGUUUGUGAUAAUCAAUUGGCUUCAUGAUUUUGUUUUAAACUAAUUAUUUAAUUUUA